CAACUACAAGUGCAAUCGCGCGAUUUGUUUUCGUGAGUGCAGAGCUCGCUCUACACCGCAUUCGUUAAUUAAUUGUUUGAACACGGUUAACCAUAAAAGGACAUUUACGCUAUUUUUAAUCAAAUACAAUUUGUAACUGUUGCUACGUGGCUAACAAAAAAAACAGCUGUUUACAGCACAAGAAAACAGCAUAAACCAGUGCAAACGCACGCAAGAACUUCUUCGCUAGUGGAAAGGGCGCAACAAUUGAAUAACCAGAACAGAACAAAAGGCACGCAACAAGGAGAAACGCAAACAAGCACGAGUGCAGGGAUAAAGAAGAAAGAAAGAAUAGAAGAGAGCAAAAACAAGUAAAAUGACGGACGAGUGCAAAAUUCGAUCCUUCGGUUCUCACAACCUUGACAACGGCAAAAUAAACAACAAUACUGAUACCAUCGACGCAAAAGGAGAAUCGAGUACAAAUUCUGCUCGAAGCGGUGGUGCAGCCAGCGCCGUCGCAGCCCCAAUUAAUAAAUGUGUGGCUCGCAUGCCCACCGACCGAUAUGCAAAAGAAUAUAAUAUGAAUCAUAAACACCGUGGACAGGCAUUGAUCUUCAAUCACGAAACAUUUGAUAUACCGUGGCUAAAACCACGUCCCGGCACAAAUGUGGACAGCGAGGAGCUGCGCAAGGCCCUGAAACGUUUGGAUUUCGAUGUGACUGUGCACAAGGAUUGUACAAUCAGUGAAAUUCUCGAUAUAGUUAACAAGGCCGCCUCGAAGGAUCACAGCGACAAUGAUUGCAUAGCCAUUGCCGUAUUAUCCCAUGGCGAACAUGGUCACCUCUAUGCCAAAGAUGUGCAGUACAGGCUGGACAGCAUCUGGCAAUAUUUGACUGCCAACAAUUGCCCCACGCUAGCAGGUAAACCAAAGCUAUUCUUCAUCCAGGCCUGUCAGGGCGAUCGAUUGGACUCGGGGACGACAUUAGUAAAGAAUGUUACUGAAACGGAUGGCGAUUCAUCGACAAGCUACAAAAUACCCAUACAUGCCGAUUUUCUUUUCUCAUAUUCUACAAUACCUGGAUACUAUUCGUGGCGCAACACCGAAAAUGGCUCAUGGUUUAUACAGUCUCUCAUUAAGGAACUAAAUGAAAAUGGUAAAGAGUACAACAUGCUCACAUUGUUGACUUUUGUCAGUCAACGCGUGGCAGUGGAUUACGAGUCGAACGUGCCAACCAGUCCUAUGAUGGAUCGUCAGAAGCAAAUUCCAUGUGUGACGUCAAUGUUAACGCGCAUUUUGCGCUUUACGGACAAACCCCCUAGCAGCCAGGCCGGCUAACAACCAUCGCUGAUUGACGAACAGAACAAAUUCCAAUUAAUCUUAAGUAUAUCAUCGACAACGCAAUGAAUGGGUAGUGAACCAUGCCCAAAAUACUCUUCCAUUACUAUUCACAAUCAUAUAAUAAAUCAAGAUCAGAAACGUAGGUAUAUAUAUAUUUGAUAUGCAAACAUAAAUAAAC